AUGACUCUGAAUUCCCAAAAUUGUGCCAGAAUCUUCUGGACCGUUGCCCGCAGCUCAAGACUACCCAGGAGGUUGACUCCCCCUGCAUAUUCACAUCCACGAAUUCCCCAGAUCAAGUACCGCCCCUCGACAGAAUCGUCCUGCCAACCAUCCUCCUCCACGAACGCCAGAGAAUUUUGCAGUAGCGUCCACCACAGAAGACGAGGACAAUCGGGACAAGAUGUCGAGGAAGAAACCGUGGAAGACUUUCAACCUUCUGACUCCAAAGAUCAGAACUCAAAGAGAACAGCAAGUACUGAAACAGAAGAAGAUGACAGCAUAAUGGUCAUAUCAAGGCAUAAUUACCGAGACAAGGAUGGACGACUAUGGCUCUCACCCACAGAGGAGAAUGAAGUCGGCGGUGCGGGCAGGAGGCGCAAGCAGAAAAAGCUCACUUUGAAGGAUCUGGCCAUCCCCAAGGAAGAGAGUAAGGGAAAGAAGAACAAUCGAGAACGAGAACCAUGGCAAAUCCAAAAAGAAGGCUUGAAGAAAAAAUUUGGGGAGGAAGGAUGGAACCCUCGGAAGAAAUUGUCUCCAGACGCCAUGGAAGGUAUUCGGGCACUUCAUGAACAAGACCCUGAGAAAUACUCUACUCCUGUACUGGCUGAGACGUUCAAGGUCUCACCGGAGGCUAUCCGUCGGAUAUUAAAGAGUAAAUGGCGGCCCACCGAAGAGGAGAUGGAGAAAAGGAGACAAAGAUGGGCCAGACGGCAUGACCGGAUAUGGGAUCAUCUAUCAGAGUUGGGCCUGAGACCAAAGAGAAUAACGGAACGAGAAAUAGAGGACCCUAAUGAGUUCGACGAGAAAUUGAGAGCGCAAGAAAUCCUGGACAAUGCACGGGAUGCUUGA